CUGGCAGCCGCAAAACAUCUGUAGUGGCUGCAGUGUAUAACUUUGGAGAGAGGAGUUUGUUGUGUAAAUAGAGGAACUGCUAGCAAGACUUUAAUUCCUAACAUUACUCCAACACAACAAAGUCCCGUCUCCAACUCUGACUCAUGUUUCCACCUUCGUUUUCCUGCAACAACUCGCCUCUCACAAGAUAUCGGAGACUUCACUGUCUUGUUAAAAACAAAAGGGUGUUACUGGGAGUCACCCAAAGGGAUCCUUUCCAUGAUGUUGUCAGACACCUAUAACAGUCUGAGCCUGGCGGUGGCAAAAAAGAAGCACUUUUUGCGGACGUAAUUUUUGACGGGCGGGCGCAGUUGCCUUGAAGGAAUACGUUACAACAUCUGCAGCCGGUUUGAGGGUGCUUGUUGAAGCAAACUACUGCACGGAUUCCAAUACCUUUUUAUACCUACUAGUCAUUUCGACACUCAAGUUUAAAAAUACUGAAAUUACCCUUUAACCGAAGGGAAUGUAUGACCCCAAAAAGCUAACUCAGGAGAUUAAAUGUGACCGUAACACAUGACUAUAUCUUUGUUGCAACUGAGUUAUAGUGGAAUUUGUCCAUGUGUGUAUGGGUUGGGUAAAUGUCAAGUAAAUCCUGAGGUCAUACUUGCCAUGUAUUUGCUCAUUGUGCCAUCACUGUGUGUGUGUAUAUGUGUGUGUGUGUGUGUGUGUGUGUUGGUAGAGGGCAGGGCACAAGGCAGGGCGUUGUAUCUUUACCAACAGCCUGAGCUACUUGGAACAAAAGCUCUGUUGUUGAAAGAUCAUGUGACUCUGUGUGUGUUCCACCCUUGUCAUGUGAUCUGAGCUCAGGGCAGGGUCUGAGAACUGCUGAGUUGCUCUGAGAGGUUCCUUCCACCCAGGGAACAGGCAGACAGCGAGCAUGCAGGCAGAGAGAAGAGAUGGACGUCCUGAUGGAUGGAUGGAUGGAUGUCAGGCAGAGAAGAGAUGUGGGAGAGUCAGAGAGACAGAUGCAGACAAAAGGCCUGUUGCUUUCUCAUACCAUGGCAAGAAUUCACCUCUCUCGUUCUCUUCCUCGUCUCUUUGUGGAUUUUUUAACAGCAGCCAUGUAAAGAUGUUAGCCUGCAUCUACUUUUCUGUCGCAAGGGGCCUUUGUUCAACAAACUGCUGGAGGCCACGAGACAGCGGUGUGACUGCGUCUGUUGAUUCCUGAGGAGCAUGAGUCAUGACCUCAGUGGUACUGGUCGACACUGGUGGGACGGUGGUGGAGUAUGUCGCAGCAGAGGAGGAUCCCCAGCAGGAGGGAGAGACUGAGGUGGACCUGGAGCUUGAAGGUGAGAUAGAGGGGGAGUGUGAAGCUGAGGAGGCCUAUGAAGAAACACAGGACAGAGAGGAGGCUGAGGACUACCCGGCAGUGAUAGUGGAGGAGGUUCCUGGCGCCAGCCUGGCUGAGGAGCAAGGUUACUCAGCCCAGGUGUUUGUGUAUGAUGACGUGGCCUACCUGAUGCAGGAAGUGGGCGAUGAGCAGGAGGUAGAGACAGAAGGGGAGGCAGUGGAGGCUUCUGUCCAUGGCACCGGUGUCCACUGCUCUGAUAAGACCUUUGAGGCUGCGGAAGCUCUGCUGCGCAUGGAUUCACCUUCUAGCCUCAGGGAAGACCGUAGUCCAGAAGCUUUUGUUCCACCUUGCGUUGCGACACCAGACUUCCUUCACGCUGCCAUGCGUCCCGACAUGAUUACAGAGACCGAGGUGGAGAUAUCGACCGAGGAGUGCUUCGAGGAAGGGGAGGAGGAAGAGGAGGAGGAGGAAGAUAUGGUCACCCUGCUUGAAGAGCCAGAACCAGAGCCCAGGAAGAGAAGAGCUGGACGGAAGCCAAAGACGCAUCAGUCAGUUAUUUCUAACAGCUCGCUGGACCUCGGUAUCAAGAAGAAACCACGAGAAGGGAAAGCAGGGAGCACCACCUACCUUUGGGAGUUCCUGUUGGACCUCCUCCAGGACAAGAACACCUGUCCACGGUAUAUCAAGUGGACCCAGAGGGAGAAGGGCAUCUUCAAGCUGGUCGACUCAAAGGCUGUGUCCAAGCUGUGGGGCAAACACAAGAAUAAGCCAGACAUGAACUACGAGACCAUGGGACGGGCCCUCAGAUAUUACUACCAGCGUGGCAUCCUCGCUAAAGUAGAGGGCCAACGGCUGGUUUACCAGUUCAAAGAGAUGCCUAAGAACAUCGUCAUCAUCGACGACGACAAGGCAGACAUGCCCGCCCCCGAUGGUCUGAUCAGCUCAGAGGCCGUCGCAUCCUACGAGCGUGUUCCGCCGCCGCCAGACAUGCUGCAGUCGACCGAGCUGUCGUCCUCCAAGAAGCCCAACAUCUUGCGGGGCGGGAACAGGACCAAUGUGGUCCACACUCCUCUCGCUAUGGGCAGCAAGACAGUGGCAGGAGGUGGUGCAGCGAUGGCGGCAGGGAUACCGAGGAUAGUGACUGUUUCAACAGCGCCAGAUGGGAGUCAGACCCAGCAGUCUCACACCGCUAUCAUCUCUACCGCCACUGGGCCCAGGACGGUGCGGGUGGCCAUGCAGGUGCCUGUGGUCAUGACAACAUCGCUGGGUCAGAAGAUCUCCACUGUUGCCGUGCAGCAGCCGGCAGGAACAACGGGGGCAGCCGGCCACGCCACCCUCCUCGCCAACACUUCUGCUAUUGGCGCAGCCGCUGGUAACACCAACUCACAACAGAAGGUUGUGAUCCAGACCAUCCCCACCAUGGUUCCAGCCACAGCAGAGAACGGAGACAAAAUCACUGUCCAGCUGGCCAAGAUCAUCACGAUCCCAGCCCACCAGCUCGCUCAGUGUCAGCUCCAGGCCUCCACCGGCACAAACAAGUCCAGCGUCGGGGCUUCCCCAGCCAGCAUCAGCCUGCUAGGAAGCCCCCUGACGGUCCGGGCCCUGGCACCUGUCGGCGUCGCGCCAGGAACGCAAGUGAUGAGACUCACCAUGCCGACACAGACGCAACAACAGACUCUUGUGGUGUCACAGCCGGGAAGCGGGGCCGGCGUGGUAACGGUAUCAACGGCUAAUCAGACGGUGACGGCCCAGCCUCGGAUCAUAAGCGGCAUCAUUAAUGGCUCAGAGCUGGUGUCUUUGGAGAAGCUGAAGGCUGCAGGAGUCCAGGUCCAAGCUGUGCAGGUGCCCGUGACGGUGGCAGUCCAGCAGAACGAGGUGCACCCCAAAACUGUCCAGAACGUCCAAUCGGAGGUCGUGGAUGCUGAGGUUGUUAUCAAACUGGAAACGCCUGAUGUGGCGAUAAAGACAGAAGAGCCCGAGUGCUGAAACACAUCUACCAUAAUCCAUCUUUUCCUUCUCUGCCAGAAAGGGUUAGUUUGUACAUGUCUGGCGUUAUUUUUACUCUUGUAAUAACCAGCAGCAGUCUGUGAGACUUUAAAGACUCCCGAAGGCCUGUUUUUAGUCCUGAACCUGUCAACACAUCUUCCCUAGAACUUAAGUGAACUAAGCCGGUCUCCCUCAGAACCACAAUGAAACCUCUGAGUGUCGUGUGCAGAGUUCAAACUGUACUCUGCAACAAAGGAAAUACACACAGACUUUAAAAGAACUUGUUGGGAAAGGUAAAGGGACCAACCUUGAUCACUACAAUUUAUGCCUUCUAAAUAGAUCGUUAUGACUGACUGACAUUGGGGGAGAACCUUGAAAGUACAAGGGGGGGGGGGGGGGGGGGGGGAUCUGAAACACUACAAAAUGAGGCAAAUAAUUAACUAACCAAAAUGUGAACUAUCAAAUAAAAAAAGACACAGUGCGGGGUGUAAUGACGCUUCUAUGGAGACCUUUUGUUUAGUUUUUGCCUCUACAGAUGUUAAAACCAGCAACUUGGUAAUUUUUUUUACUUAUCACUGUGCAGAUCAAGUUAGGGUGGUGCUACUUUGAGUCCUAAAAGAGUGAGCGAGAGGGAUAUGGAAGGAUAUCAGACAGAAAGUGGUCAUGUGUAUACGUACGUGUGUGUAUGUAAUAAUAAAAUUUAUAUAUAUAUAAAAAAUAAUUAAUUACACACACACUACAGUUUACGGAGUUAAAAGAACAGCCUUAGAUUUUAACUUUUUCAUGUAUUGUCUGAACAGGAAGCUGAAAUUUGUCUUUGUGUUUUGAUACCUUGUACCAAGCACAGUAUUAUUGAAACUAGGGGAACUAAUAUUUGUAUUAUUAGAUCCUCUGCCUCCAUCAGGCUUAAACGCCCAUAUAGAUUGAGUCUUACAGGAGGAAGAGAAACGUGUUGAAGAUCAGUGUGCCCUCCAUCGUCUAGGAAAAUCUGUAGGCUUGAAUUUCAGACUCUGUUUCUGAGUUAUGUUGUUUUUUUGACAGAUGUUUGCUCUUUUUACAACUGUACACAGUCUGGCUGCAUGGAAAUGCAAAGAAGUGUGACUGAGCUGAUGCAUGCUGCCAUGUCUUGGAAAAAAAUAAUCCAAAUAAGAAAGUAUGUAAACUCAGAGGUCAGUAAAGAAAUGAAGCAUAAUUUUAAUUAAAAGAUGUCUGUGAGAAAUAUCAAUCCACUGUCGAUCCCAGGUCACUUUACUUCUCGCUUUAAACAGAGGGCCAAUUUGCUAGUAUGCUUUUUUUUUUUUUUGUCACUGCCACUUUGGCCCUGCCCCUACAUUUCAUUAUUUUUGAUCUAAAAAGAGGGAAGAUGUAGAGAAAGAUGUUUGUGUUCAGACUGAACUGUUUGUAUAUUCAACAUUUGAAGUAUAUUCUAUUUUGCUGUACUCUUGUUUCAAAGUGUAUUAGAUUUUACUGAAAUAUAAAAAGAAAUCUGAAUC